AUGGCUGUACAUUUGGUAAAACGAAUUACUUUCAUACUUUUGCUUACAUGCGAGUUAGCAGAAGCAGCACCACCUAUAGCGAAACCCAAUUGUAGAAGUGGCUGUGGCGACCUUCAAAUUCCAUACCCGUUUGGGAUUGGACCAGAUUGCUACUUGGACAAGUGGUUCGAAAUUGUUUGCAAGGGAACUGGCGGCUCUGCUAAAGCCUUCUUAACUAGCAUGAACAUGGAGCUACGGCAAAUCAAUAUUAGUAGCAGUCCAUUAAAUAGGCACUAUUCUUUUGUUCCAACGGUUCAUGUCCAAAUCCCAAUAAUUUAUUCGAAGUUUUGUCAGCUCGCGGGAAAUCACAAUGUUACGAACAUUUCAGGAAGUCCUUUUAACUUUUCUGCCUCUGAUAAUACAUUCAUUUCGGUUGGGUGCGACAACUUUGCAACAAUAGCUGGAAUUUUUCCCAAGGUUUACGGGUGCAAGUCAGAUUGCAAGAGGGACUCAAAGGUAGACAAAGAAGCUAUAUGCUCAGGUUUCAACUGCUGCGAGUCGACCAAUAUCCCAUCAAACCUUCAAGCAUUUGAUGUUGAAUUCAGAAGUGUAAACGAAUCAAAUGACAGAGAGGGAGUAGUAAAGGGUUGCAAAUAUGCCUUCCUAGUGGACCAAGUUUGGUUGAAGGAAAACAAACCAGAUCCUUCUUCUGUGCAAUAUUGGGAAUAUGUUCCCGUGGUGCUGGAAUGGGCAAUAUUUCAAUGGAACAACAAUUCACGUGAGUUCUUUAACUUGCUAAACAAUAGACGCAAAGUCAGUUGUUCUCACUACAAAAAAAAGGUUCUAUGGCCGCGCUUUUAA